AUGAGCAUGGUGCAGAGAACGAGGCUCCGGGAGCGCCUCCUGAGUGUUCUGUGGAUGCAGCGGACGAGCGCGGCUUGGAACGAUCCAGCAGGAGCGCACAGGUCCUCAGGGACGCUCGUUGCGUCCAGUUUUCUACGAAGCGAGUUUAGGCGAAAUGCUGGGACAAGCGCCACGACUUGCAGUGCGGGCAGUACAGUGCACACACAGAGGCACCGCUCUACGGACGGAGACAACCUACGCGUGAACUCCAGGAAACCGGUAGAGGUCACUGGGGAAGCGCUGCGGCUUGGGGCAGGCACACGCGCUUUCCCGGGAGCGGUUCACGCUUCUCUGCAGCAGGAUCGUACUUUUUCUGCAGGCACGCAAGCGUCUUCCGCUGGUGGCUCGCAGACGCCUCGUGCAGUUGCCGGUGCAGCAGCGCCAACUGCUGCGAGCGACUCCGAUGGUGGAGCUGCUGCUUCGGAGACAGCGCAAGGUACCACACGUGCCAAGUUUGAGCAACAACCGCUUCCGUCGUCAGCGCACAGUGUAUCGGGACGAACACUCAGCGGCCUAGCGUAUUUGAAAGCCCUUUGGGCUGAAUAUCCCAAGCGAGGCUUUUGGGGUACCCUGAUGGCGAUCCGUACCGGACGGGUGGGCAUGUAUGACACCUGCCUCGUUGGCAUCGAUGAGUUCGGAAACCGCUACUAUGAAAAUCGUGCAGCCAGCUACAUGCGUGAUCGCUGGUGUGAGUACAGGGACGGCAAAAACGCAGACCCAGUCUGUAUACCGCCUGAGUGGCACGCGUGGCUCCACCAUUUUGUGGAUGAUCCACCGGUGUCUGCAAACGACAAGUGGGUGCGUCCGUUGUUUGUGAAACCUCCGCAUCCGAACUAUUCCGGAACAUCGCAGGCGUAUGCGCCUCGGAAUAGUCCCCGGAGCCCCGCGUACAUUGGACAUCUGGCGACUUCCGUGGUUGAGUCCUGGCAGGCGCAGACUACGCUACAGAGGCAGCGCAAGCCGCGGGCCUUAACUCCUGCCCGUGAAAAGACAUCCCCAGAACCGGAUCAGCGAUUGGACUUGCCUUGA